GUCGGGCUCAUCAUGCUUGGAAUAAAACAAAGGCACCCUAGGUGAAAAGACGAAACAGCUCUUUUGUUCAUUGUUGCUUUCUUCUUCAAAACGUUUCAGGGAUAUAAGUCAACGAGUUUUGUAUCCAUGUUUCCUGAUACUAAGAAUGGGAGAUCAUGUUUCUGUGGUCUUCUUCCUGUGAUUUCCAUUCUUUGUCUAAUCUUAUUAAUAGGAAGUACAAUCAUAACACCAGACCAUGAAAUGAAGGUUGAUGUUUUGCCUAGUAUAUUUAAAGGAUGCAAGUCUCAAUGCUGGCCUCCUGGAAGUGAGAAAUUACCUGAAGGCAUUGUCGCAAAGACAAGUAACUUGGAUAUUCGGCCAUUAUGGGGCUUUCCCAAGAGGGACAAUUCUUCUAUCAACUUAUUUGCAGCAGCCGUUGGAAUCAAACAAAGUGAUCUUGUGGAUAAAAUGGUCAAAAAGUUCCUGUCAAGUCACUUUGUUGUGAUGCUUUUCCAUUAUGAUGGAAUUGUUGAUGAGUGGAAGAAUUUUGAAUGGAGUAAGCGAGUCAUACAUGUUUCUGCACAAAGUCAAACAAAGUGGUGGUUUGCAAAGCGUUUCUUACAUCCAGAUAUAGUUACAGAGUAUGGUUAUAUUUUUCUUUGGGAUGAGGACCUUGGAGUUGAAAAUUUCAACCCUGAACACUAUUUAUCAAUCAUCAAGAGUGAAGGGCUUGAGAUAUCACAGCCAGCAUUGGACCUUUCCUCAUCAGAGGUGCAUCAUCUGAUUACUGCAAGGGGGAGGGAAUCAUCAAUCGUCCACAGGAGGACUUUCAAGCCUGGUGUUAAUGGGUGUGACUCAAAAAGCAUGGCGCCUCCGUGCACUGGGUGGAUUGAAAUGAUGGCCCCAGUUUUCUCAAGAGCUGCUUGGCAAUGUGUAUGGUAUAUGAUUCAGAAUGACUUAAUUCAUGCCUGGGGUCUAGAUAAGCAGCUUGGGUACUGUGCACAGGGUGAUCGAACUAAAACUGUCGGUGUGGUUGAUGCUGAGUACAUAGUUCAUUAUGGUCGCCCUACACUUGGACACAAGGAUGAAAAUAAGGGAAGACAUCAACGUCGACACAUAGAUCCUAGAGUGGAAGUGAGGAGACAAUCCUACAUUGAAUUGGAUAUUUUUCAGAAGCGAUGGAAAAAAGCUGUGGAGGAGGAUCAAUGUUGGAAUGAUCCGUAUGCUCAAUAACAGAUGAGCGAAUGCGAAUGACCUACUGCAAUCUUUUUAUGGAGCUGUCUCAAACAUGUUUCUUAAUGCAUUACAUACAAUUUUUGACCAAAAAGCUGGAGGCGGCUGGUGCCAAAGUUGAAGAAUACUUUGGAAAUAUUUCAAAGCUGCUAUAGAAGAGAUAUUGAGCUUGAAGGUUUGGUGAUUUAAAACACAUAAAUACAAGUAUAGUCUUUAUCUUGGUAUAUAAUAUAAUUCAGAGUCUUGUAAUUAAAUUAUUCAUUGUUCUCUUGCUAAAAUAAGGGGGAAUGAAAGGUUGUAGAUACAAACAAAAAUAUACUAAAAGUCUCUUUUUUACUA